AUGCAGAUGACCACUCUAAGCCACGGAGUUACAUUCGGUCUGCACAUUUUCGGCAUUUGGCCUUUUUUACCGUCUACCAUAUUGUUCCGAUUCUACUGGAUCGUGGUGUACAGCACAAUUCAGAUUUUUCAGUACCGAUACUUGAUAAUGAACAUUCAUACGGAUUUUUCUCAAUUCAUGGACGGAGUAAGUAACGUACUAGCGUGUUCUCUGCUGUACAUCAAAGUCGUUAUUUUGUGGGUUAAUCAACGAAUAUUUUUCGAUCUCUUGCAAAUGAUGACCGCGGAUUGGCAAGAUUACAACUCGAAUCACUAUAGUUCACGCGUCCUGACGAAUACGGCGAAUCUGGCACGCCGCACUUCGAUGGUAAUCAUCAGCCUGCAAGUGACUGCUGUAACUUUGUAUAGUGUCGGUGUUCUCGCCGCUAACGUAAAUAAUCCUGAGAAAAUGGAACCGUACGCACGAGAACUUAUCCUUAAAACAACAUUUCCUUUUAACAUUAGUACGGAAGUGAGUUACGUGAUAAUUCAGUCAGUUGAAUUUUAUCAUCUGUUGUUGCUAGGCUACGGCAUGGCAAUUGUAAAUUUAUUUCUAAUAACUUUGAUACUCCAUGUCGGUGGUCAAAUCGACAUUCUUUGUGAGUGGCUGACAAAUGCUUUCUCCGCAAAUGUAAUACAUUUAUCCAAAGGGAUUACAAUUCGAUCAAUAAUUACAAAGCAUCAGCAGAUUAUUUUAUUUGCAAAAAAAAUUGAAAAUCUUUACACAUACAUUGCACUAGUGAUACUUUUAUCAGAGACGCUCAUCAUAUGUUGCUUAGGAUUUAUUAUCGUUACCUCUCUUGGUGCGCCAGAUGCCGCUGCAAUUUUAAUCAAGUCUGUUCUAUUUUACCUCUCAAUGAAUCUUGAAGCUUUCAUAUAUUGUUUCGCUGGCGAAUAUUUGAGCGAAAAGAGUAAGAUGAUCGGACAUGCAGCGUACGAUUCGGUUUGGUAUGACUGUCCGACUACGGAGAAACGAAUUAUAUUGUUUGUUAUGUUAAGAUCACAAAAAACAUUGACGAUCACGAGCGGAAGAAUCAUGGUUUUGUCGUUGGAACGAUUUACUAGUGUUAUAAAAGCAUCGGCGUCGUACAUUUCAGUCCUAUUAGCAAUGUACUGA